AUGAGUGGAUUCGAGAUUGUGGGGGUGAUAUCUGGUUCCGCGACGCUCGCAGGCGUGUCAUUGAAGAUUAUCCAUCACCUGAGUGUGUUUGUAGCGAGGGCUAGGGAUGCACACAACGUUGCGAAAGACCUGCAAGAAAAGAUCGAGCAAUUACAUGCGUGCUCGCAAACCGUGGAGGCGACCUCCAGCCGCCGGGAAGAACAACUUAAGGCUGAGCGACCAGGCCAGGCAGAACGCAACUUGUGGGGAGGGAUUGAUAGAUCCUUGGGACAAUGCGAACGGGUCUUGACGAAGUUUGAAGGCGCGCUGAAGGGCCUGAAGAGUGGAAAGGCCGAACUGAGCUGGCUGGAGAAAGGUCUCCUGCAGCUUAAGUUGGAUAACAGGGAUCCAGAAAUCAGAAGGUUGGAGAGUAAGAUCGACACACAUCUGCAGACGUUGCAGAUUUCCAUUCUUUGCGUUCAGAUUCUAUCAGCGACAGCGCAUCAUGACGAGAUCAAGUCAAUACUGGCAGGUCAUACUACGACUCUCGGACGCUUAGACGAAUUGUUACGGAGCGGAAGAAUCCAUGUUAAAGAGGCGCGGCGAGAAACGGCAUUACUUCUCCAACAUGGAGGAGGCGAAGCCAGUAGAUCAUCAUUCUUCGACAUUGAUGAUCUCAGCAGCAUGAGCGAGGACGCUUACCAGAGCGACGAUCCGGAAAAGGAGCUGAAUGAAAUUAAGGAUAUGGAAAAAGUUCUCGAGAUGGCUACUGAUGUCAGAGCCAUAUCCACUUACGACGCAGAAUCAGUCCGUGGCACGCUUUCAGAUGCGACAGACAGGCACAGCGUCGUGUCAGGCACCACCGGAUAUGGCUCGACGAUAUCCUUUGACCGGAGGCAAGACCUGUUAUAUCCCAGCAGAGGCGACUCUCUUCCCGAUCCCACUCCAGAUUUCGAUGAUACCAUGCCUCGCGAGGUCCUGGAAGCCCUGAUUGAACGUUUUAAGACACAAGUGCGCCUCCAGUGCUCGGCCGGUCACUACCAUCAGGCAGAAGAAAACCAGCAGGAGGCGAUCAGGCAUCUCGAAGAGCUGCAGUCCGGUUACGGCGUACCAUUCAACGACUUCGGUCUGAUGCAGAGCAUGCUAGCUCAGAUAUAUCUUGAGCAGGACAAAGUGGAAGAAGCCAUGAAGAUUCUCCAUGAUAAUAUGUCGGCCAAGCCUAAGCCUAGAGUGACAGCCGUGGCCAACCCCCGGACUACGCCAGCACCUGACAGAUGGCAGGCUAGUGCACUGGACUACUACCUGCUAGCGCUUGCGAACCAUAGAAAACAUCUCCGGGAGAACUCCAAACAGGACACUCGGUAUUUGAAGGACGCCGAAAAGUACGCGAAGCGAGCCUUCAAACGCGGCCUAGAAGCCGGCAAUCCCUCGGACACAACCUUUGUGAAGUCCGUGAAGCUGUUGAUCCAGAUAUACGAGGACAGGAACAAGAUGAUCCACGCCAGAACGUUUCGUGAGCUGUAUCUACAACAACCGGAAGACUUCCGGCCCCCGCCCUCGCCGCUCUCCUCAACCCGUUCACUCUCUAUAACUGAACAAGCCACCCCAACGAUUAGUUCAACUGCAUCCCUGAGCACAGUUAUCCACAAAGACAACGAUGGCACGCCUUCCGAUCUGAUCUCAGCUAUCGCAGCUGGGCGGGAUGAUCUCAUCGACGACAUGUUACAACAAACCGCAGACCUCGAGACGUGCCGUAACGGAAAGACUGCGGUGAUGCAUGCUGUGGACAAGAACAACGAGAAAGCUAUCCGAAAGCUUCACUCUGCGAGAGCGCAGCUCAACCAGGCUCUUUUCUACGCGGUGCGACGCGGCAACGCAGAUAUGACCAAGCUGCUGUUGAGUCUCGAUGCCGAGAAGGAGGUAAGGAACCAGUCAGGUUCAACGCCUUUGCUUGUAGCAGUAAGAGGCAAUCAUCCGUCUGUCGUUCAGGAGCUUCUAGAUGAAGGGGUAGAUGUGGAUGCGCGAGAUAGGGAGGGAUGGACCGCCGUACACUGCGCUGCUCUCGGCGGCAACGUCGAAGUAAUGCGCACUCUCCUGGAGCCCCGGCAGCGUGCGAAGAUGGUAAACAAGGAUGCGGUGUGUCCGGCGGGGAAAACCGCCUUACACUAUCUCGCCGAGUCUGGGAAGGUUCCCGUAGCGGAAGUUCUACUGGAGCACGGAGCGAACCCUGAUCUCAAGGAUAACACUGCAUCUGGACGGACCCCUUUGUAUCUGGCGGUCGAACGGCGGAAAUACGAAUUCGUCCGCAUGCUGGUAGAACGAGGGGUUACCGCUCAACGCGAAACCCUCCCAAAGACUUCCCAAGAGAUCAGGAAUCUGCUCGCCCAACCUGAGCAGCCUAUAUCAGCACCAGAGAGACGGGACAGUUCCGGUACUACCGCCUCGCGUCAGUCAUCGCGUUCAAAGCUUUCACCGUUCCCGCUCCGAGGUUUUGGACUCUUGCGAAAGCGGUAG